GCCGCCCCCGCACUGUGCGGGCGACAUGGGGGCGUCCGGCCGCGCGCUCCUGUCCCGGCUGUCCUGGGACCUCGGUCCUCGGCGGUUUUUCAGUUAUGGAACAAGAAUACUGUAUCAGAACAUGGAAGCUCCCCAGUCUAAAUUCUUCCAACCCCUUAAGAAACCUAUGUUACCACCUAAUACUUUCAAAGGAAAAGUGGCGUUCAUUACUGGUGGAGGUACUGGUCUUGGCAAAGCAAUGACAACUUUCCUGUCUAACCUGGGUGCUCAGUGCGUGAUUGCUAGCCGGAAGAUUGAUGUUUUGAAAGCUACGGCAGAAGAAAUUUCUUCUCAAACUGGAAAUAAGGUCCAUGCAAUUCAGUGUGAUGUGAGGGAACCUGAUAUGGUGCAUAAUGCUGUGAAGGAACUGAUCAAAGUCGCAGGACAUCCUGAUAUUGUGAUAAAUAAUGCAGCAGGGAAUUUUGUUUCCCCCACUGAAAGACUAUCUCCUAAUGGUUGGAAGACUAUAACUGACAUAGUUCUAAAUGGCACAGCAUUUGUGACUCUAGAAAUUGGAAAACAGCUAAUUAAAGCACAGAAAGGAGCAGCAUUUCUUGCUAUUACGACCAUCUAUGCUGAGUCUGGGUCGGGUUUUGUGGUACCAAGUUCUUCUGCCAAAUCAGGCGUGGAAGCUUUGAACAAGUCGCUUGCAGCUGAAUGGGGUAGAUACGGAAUGCGAUUCAAUAUAAUUCAGCCGGGGCCUAUAAGAACCAAAGGUGCCUUUAGCCGUUUGGACCCAACUGGAAAAUUUGAGAAAGAGAUGAUUGACAGGAUUCCCUGUGGCCGGCUGGGAACUGUAGAGGAACUUGCAAAUCUUGCGGCUUUUCUAUGUAGUGAUUAUGCUUCUUGGAUCAAUGGAGCUGUCAUUAGAUUUGAUGGUGGAGAGGAAGUAUUUCUCUCAGGUGAAUUCAACACCCUAAAGAAGGUCACCAAGGAGGAGUGGGACACAAUAGAAGCACUUAUCCGGAAGACGAAAGGCUCCUAAGACUAUUCUGGCCUUCAUCCUAGUGUAGAUACAUCCUGAUACAAAUUGACUAUAAUUUUUUUUGGCAUAUUUUCAAAUCUAAUACACCAUUUGUUUGGUUUGGUUUGGUUAUUGCUUCAGUGCCAAGUAGGGAUCAAACUCAGGGUCUCUUGUAUGUCUAGUGUUCUGGCAAUGUACAGUAACCCCAGCCUUAAUAAGUAAUUAACUUACAAACCCUGUAUUCAUACUGUGUGUAAGACCACAGAUAGCUGUUGUGUGUUCAAGAAAAAAUCAGAUGGGAUAUCAUCUCUUAAGAUUUUUUUUUUUUUAGGGCUGGAGAGAUGGCUUAGUGGUUAAGUGCUUGCCUGUGAAGCCUAAGGACCCCGGUUCAAGGCUCGGUUCCCCAGGUCCCACAUUAGCCAUA